GCGACAAUCAGACUCUGUCCUCUGACUGAGUCCAGCUGCAGGACAGAGGAAGCUGCUUCGUCCACUUGUCCACACACUGAAGGCUCCGCCCCUUCACCUGAUUCACCAAAGAAAAAACAGUCGCCAUCGGUGACUGAAGGUCAGACUCUGUCCUCUGACUGAGUCCAGCUGCAGAAGACAAGACGCUGCUUCGUCCACACACUGAAGACAAAAUGGCCUCCAGAUCAGAGGAGGAUCUCUGCUGUCCCAUCUGUCAUGAGGUCUUCAGAGAUCCUGUGGUUCUGUCCUGUAGCCACAGCUUCUGUAAAGACUGUGUGAAGACAUGGUGGAGAGACAGACCAACACCAGACUGUGCUUUUUGUAAGAGAAGGUCUUCAAAGACUGAACCACCGUGUAACCUGGCUUUAAAGAACUUGUGUGAGACCUUCUUACAGGAGCAAGGUCAGAGGUCUUCAGAGGUUCUCUGCAGUCAGCACUCUAAGAAACUCAGACUCUUCUGUCUGGACCAUCAGCAGCCAGUGUGUCUCGUCUGCAGAGACUCAGAAAAACACAUCGGCCACAAGUUCAGACCCAUCGAUGAAGCUGCACAAGAACACAAGGAGCAACUUCAGGAAACUCUGGAGACCUUCAAGAAGAACUUACAGAGUCUGGAAGAAGUUCAGGUGGAGUUUGAUCAAACAGCAGAACACAUUAAAGUCCAGGCCCGACUCACAGAGACACGGAUGAAGGAGCAGUUUAAGAAGCUUCAUCAGUUUCUACAAGAGGAAGAGGAGACCAGGAUGGCUGCACUGAGGGAGGAAGAGCAGCAGAAGAGUCACAUGAUGAAGGAGAAGAUGGAGGCUCUGAGCAGAGAGAUAGAAGCUCUAUCAGAUACAGUCCGAGCCACAGAGGAUGAGCUGAGAGCUGAAGACAUCUCCUUCCUGCUCAACUACAGAGAGCAACAGCGCCCCCUGCUGGAGCCUCCACAGCUUCACUCAGGAGCUCUGAUAGACGAGGCCAAACACCUGGGCAACCUGGCCUUCAACAUCUGGAACAAGAUGAAGGACGUGGUCUCCUACAGUCCUGUGGUUCUGGACCCAAACACUGCUCAUCCAUUCCUCAUCCUGUCUGAAGAUCUGACCAGUGUGAGACUAGGAGACAGACAGAAGGUUCCUGAUAAUCCAGAGAGGUUUGAUUAUGUCAUCAGUGUCCUGAGCUCUGGGGGUUUGAACUCAGGAACUCACAGCUGGGACGUCCAGGUUGGAGACAAUGACAUCUGGACAGUGGGAGUUUUAGAGUCUGUCCAGAGGAAAGGAGACAUAAAGUCUGGAUUAUGGGGGAUAGUGUUCUAUAGAGAUAAAUACUACAAACUGUCAUCAGGUCAAGAGUCUGUUCUCCAGCUGAAAAAGAAGAUCCAGAAGAUCAGAGUGAGUCUGGACUGGAACAGAAGAAAACUGUCCUUCUCUGAUCUCGAUAAUAACAAAUUCAUACACACCUUCACACACACUUUCACACACACCAUGUUUCCAUACAUUUUCAAUGGUGAUGGUGCUGAUGAUCACCCAGUGAAGAUGUUACCAGAGGAAAACAACAGUUAG